CAGUCCGGCCUGAGGCACCGCCCAACUCCCGCCCCUCGAGAGCGGGCUCGGGACGGAGCGGUUCGCUUGGCUCGGCUCGGCUCACAGGGCAGCAUGCAGCGGCCGGGUCCCGCCGGGAGUAUCAACCGCGAGCCAGGCUGGUACCUGUCUGCCCGCGAGCAGGAAGGGGAACAGGAGUCCGCCCCGUUGCUGCCGCCAGCGCCGCUGGGCAAUAGUGCUCUGAAUCAUGCAUCUUCAGGUGUUUCCUUUGGUUUCUCAGUAUUUAAUUUAAUGAAUGCAAUCAUGGGAAGUGGAAUACUUGGUUUAUCUUAUGCUAUGGCCAACACAGGGGUCAUUGGAUUUAGCAUCUUGCUGCUGAUUGUUGCCAGCCUUGCUUCUUACUCAGUAUUUCUGCUGCUUAGUAUGUGUAUUCAGACUGCUGUCACUUCUUAUGAAGAUCUUGGUCUCUUUGCAUUUGGAUCACCUGGGAAGGUUAUUGUGGGAAGUACGAUAAUUAUUCAGAAUAUUGGAGCUAUGUCAUCUUACCUUUUAAUUGUUAAAUCUGAACUGCCUGGUGCAAUUGCAGGAUUCAUAAGUGGACAUGACAGUGGGUCAUGGUAUCUUGAUGGCAGAGUGCUGUUACUGAUUACUUCAGUCUGCAUUGUUUUUCCUCUUGCACUUCUUCCGAAAAUUGGCUUUCUUGGCUAUACAAGUAGUUUAUCAUUUUUCUUUAUGGUGUACUUUGCUCUUGUGGUUGUAAUAAAAAAAUGGUCCAUCCCUUGUCCACUGACAUUAAACAGCCCUAUAGAGAUCUUACAGAUUUCAAAUUCUACUGAGGAUUGUAAAGCAAAGCUCUUCCAUUUUUCCAAGGAGAGUGCUUAUGCCAUCCCAACCAUGGCCUUCUCAUUUCUCUGCCAUACAUCAGUAUUGCCCAUUUACUGUGAGCUCCAAAGUCCAUCGAAAAGCAGAAUGCAGAAUGUAACCAACACAGGAAUUGGUCUGAGUUUCCUACUCUAUUUUGUGUCUGCCUUGUUUGGGUAUCUUACUUUUUAUGACAAAGUGGACUCAGAAUUACUGCAGGGUUACAGCAGGUACCUGCCGCAUGAUAUUGUCAUCAUGACUGUAAGACUAGGCAUGCUAUUUGCUGUGAUUUUGACAGUGCCUCUAAUCCAUUUCCCUGUAAGUACUCUUAAAAGUUUUGAUGCUGGCACAGCAGUUCCAUAGUAUGGUAAUGCUAAUUGUUUGCAGAUUGCAAUAUUAGUCACAUCUAGCUUUGUGUAUCUUACUAAUUUAUCAAGUGAUUGAUCAAAGACCUCAUACUUGCAUAUGUUCCAUGAAAACUCCACAAUAACUAACUACUAAGCUAAUUUAUGCUUUUUGAGACUGAGCUUAGAUUUAAACUAACCCACAGCAUUGUUUUUAAUUUAGAAAAUAAAGUACCAGUAUUUCUAAAGUUUAUUUGGUUUGAUUUUUCUUAAAUUCUGUUUUCCAAAGACUGUAUGGAGAGGAAAAUUGAAGUCAGCAAAUAAUACUCUGCUGCUAGUGAUUUAACAGAAGUUUAAUGUAGCUUUGUCUUCACGUAGUAUAGCAUUUACUUAUGUGUUAGAGCAGUAUUUAUCAUGUGGUUCUAAAAUUUAGGGGACAAUUCUGUCAGUUUGUAGGGGAUUUAUGUUCAGAACUUCAUUUAGGUUUCGGGAUAAUGAUACGCCUCUGUGGAUGAAUAUAACCAUUAGCAAAUAUUCACAUCAAAGUAUAUCCAACUACUACAAUUGAUAUGCUCUUCAUAAGGAGCUAGUUACAUAUAUUAAUGAUUUGUGUGUGCACACAAUUUUGCAAUAAUUAAAUAUGUUUUGUUCUUUAAAGGCUGUAAAGUGUAUGUCAUAUCUUCUAUGACAUUUAUAUGUGAACACCUUUUUUUGGUUUUUGUUGAACUACGUCAAUACAUGUUUUCCUCUAAAACAGUCUUUUCCGAGUAAAACCUGAGAUGUACUUUAUCAAAAUGGAAAUUACAAUAAGGCUUUUAGAAUAAAGUUUUGUGCCUGCUUGAUUUUC